CCUCCUUAGGUAGAAGGCAUUACAGACCCAAAGCCUUCUCCUUUAGCACUGAGUUUGCAAUAAGGGUCAUUAUGAAGUAUAUCCUGAUCUGUAUCACAGUUUUUCUGCCUUCUUUAUUUGCUAUCCCAAUAGAUCGUCAUGCUGAAGGUGGACCAAGUGCUGAAGACACAAAACUUCUACAAGUUUAUCUUGACAAAUACUUCCCAACCUAUCAUAAAGGCAGCUAUAGCCUGGAAGAACGACUCAGACAAAUGCAGAAAUUCUUCCAUUUGGCUGUCACAGGAAGAAUGGAUAAUGAAACAUUAAGCGUAAUGAAACAGUCUCGAUGUGGAGUCCCAGAUGUCUCAGAAAACUAUAAAGCUGAACAAAGAAUCUGGAGAAAAAGUGCGCUCACAUACAGGAUUAACAAUUACACUCCGGAUAUGCCAAGAUGGAAGGUAGAUGCAAUCAUAGCCAAGGCAUUCAAAGUCUGGAGUGAUGUGACUCCACUGAGCUUCCAGAAAACUUCCAGACUUGCCGACAUAGAAAUAUUUUUUGCAUAUGGUGACCAUGGUGAUUAUGGCCGUUUUGAUGGUCAAGGGGGAGUUUUGGCUCAUGCAUUCUCUCCUGGACCAGGAAUUGGGGGAGAUACUCAUUUUGAUGAAGCAGAGAAAUGGUCAGAGUAUAACAGAGAGAUCAACCUGUUUCUUGUUGCUGCACAUGAAUUUGGUCAUGCCUUAGGACUUAGCCAUUCUAAUGUCAUUGGCUCUUUGAUGUACCCAACAUAUUCUUACAGCAACCCCAAAUCCUUCCAACUUCCAAGUAAUGACAGACAAAGAAUUCAGAGACUUUAUGGAGUAAGGAAAUGAAACCGUUGAAGAACCCCAUCGUAUUUAAAUGGUACAGAAGAAUUUAUAUUUUGUACCAAUCAAAAGUGUUAUUUCAACCACAUUUAUAAUAUACUAAAAGCAGCAAAAGUUUGGCUGCCUGCUUGAUAACAGGGAAAAACUACUGGACCAUACCUUUGUUGCGGGAGCUACAACUGUUGUCGAUUUGCUUCCUGGUGCAAUUCAAGAUGCCGAUUACCAACUGUAAGGUGUGCCUUUUUUGUAGAUGCCCUUCACUUGGGAACAAUGAACCAUCCAACAUCAAACCAACACCAGCCCUGUCGGCAUUCAGGGAAGCCACCAAGACUG